AUAAUAAUGAUGUUCUUUAAAUCAAAUAUAUAUAUGUACAUACAAAUAUGCACUUUUUUAUUUUUUAUUUUUUUUAUUUCGAGAUGAACAGGGAUCAGAAACAGCUAUAUAGAAAAAUAUGCACUUUUUUUUCUUUAAUGUAAACACGUGAUAUAACAUGAGAUCUUAGAUUUAAUACUAUUGAACAAAUGUGGCGUAAUUUAUUUUAUCGUGGCUUUUCACCGUUCUUAGGUCAAGAGCUAUAUAUAAAAAAAAAUGAACGAGCAAUCACCAGAAGAAGUUUCGGAAGAAGUCAUUAUAACUUCUUCUACAAAUAAAGAAGAAGAAACCAAAGAAACUACAGAUAUGCAAACAACGGAAAUUGUAGACAAUAGUGAAAAUGGUGAUGUUACCAUCGUAAAAUCUACAACUGACUCUACAUCAGAAAAUGUUCCUCCCACUCAAAUAGAAGAUGAAGAUAAUAUGAGUGAUAUACCCGGAAUCCGAGUUUCUAUGGCAACUAUAGUUGAAUUGCCCCCUCUUGAGGAGCAACAAAGAUUGUCUGAUGAGAAUGCUCCAGCUGUUUCUGAAAAAGUAAUAGACGAGAUCUUUUCUAGUAUUAUUACUUUACCUGAAGAACAACAAAUUAAAUCAUCAGAAGUUCCAAACCAACAAGAACCGCAAUCUACCGUUUUAACUGAAAUGAGCGUAACAAAUGAAACGAGCGAUGUUCCGCCUGCUACCGAUGCAACAAAUGAGACUAACGAAGAUAGCGAAGAUAAUACUAGCAAUGAGGUUAAUGAAGAAAUUGAAACUAUUUUAACAAGUGAAACUGUAAUAACUGAGAUUGCUGAAAGACCUGUUGAGGAUAGUACUGAAAAUAUUAAUAAAACAGAUGAAAUUGUUCAGAACAAUCAAAAUUCUCAAAAUUCUUCUGUUGUUCAAGACGUAGAAAACAUUCAAAAUUCUUCAAAUUCUUCAGUUAUUCAGGACGCUCAAAGCGUACAGAAUAUGCAAAGUACUCAAAACAUUCAAAAUACUCCGAUUGUUCAUGAUGUACAGAGUGUUCAGGUGGCUCAAAAUGAUCAAAGUUCCCCUAUUAUGCAAAAUGUUAAGGAUAUUCAAAAUCCUCAGGAAAUUCCAGUCAAAGUUGAAGAUGUUCGAAAUGACCCGACCGUCCAGAAUACACAAAAUCAAAAAGAUCAGAAUGUUGAGAAUUCUCAAAGUAUACAAAGUACUCAACAACCUAUGAUUAUAGAUCAAGAUAUUUCUCAACAACCACCUGAACAAAAAUCAGAACAAGUUGUGGAUGAUAAGACUGUUCAACCUAUCGUUAGUGGAUCAACCGAAGUUUCGCCACCACAACAACCACAACAACCACAACAAUUGCAACAAUUAUCAAUUCCUCUCGUUCAAAACGCAUCAAGUGCGACUAAUGAUGAUGUUCAGCCGAUGGAUACUUUAAACACAUCUUCCGAUGACUAUAAAAAUGUACCGCCUCCUUCUACACUUACAACACCAACUGGUACAUUUGAUUAUGAAGAUGCGAUAAAGAAAGCUCAUGCUAUCGCAGCAAAAUUACUUAACAAUAAUGAAAGUGGAGCUGUAGUUCAAAAUCAACAGAACAGUGCACAACAAGGUGUUAAGAGAUCACACGAGGAUAGUUAUAAUUCACAUGGUUCUACUAGAGAUAGUAGAGAUGAUUAUCGAGAUGAUUAUCGAAGAGACUCUUAUAAUCGCCGUGAAAGAGGACGAUAUGAUGAUUAUGGAAGAGAUUCCAAACGAGCAGCAUAUGAUAGUGGUUCUUCUCGUCCAGAAUACGACAGUAGUAGUGGUGGUGGUGGUAGUAGUAAUGGUGGCGGAGGCAGCGGCGGCGGCGGCGGCAGCAGCGGCGGCGGAGGUGGAGGAAAUAGACAUCGUUAUGGUCUAGGAAGCGAGGAGCGCAGAUCACAUCAUGGUUCACACUAUGGGCCAGGUGAUUCACGCGCUACUGGUCAUGAAGAAUUUAAGGUUCCAAAUGCUGUUGUAGGUUUAGUAAUUGGUCGUGGUGGAGAGAAUUUAAAAAGAAUCGAAAAAAAUACUGGAGCACGUAUUCAAUUUUCGCAAGAUCAACCUCCGGAUGUUAUUGAAAGAAGAGUUACUAUUACAGGUCAAGUUGAUGAUGUUAAAACUGCUAGAGCGAUGAUUCAACAACUUGUUGAAGAUGCUAGUAAUGGUACUUUAACUGGUCGUCGAGACUCUCAUGGCAGUGGUAGUAAUAGGGCAACUAUUACGAUUCACAUUCCUGUUAAUAAAGUUGGUGUUGUAAUUGGGCGUGGUGGAGAAACCAUUAGAGAUUUACAAGAUAGAAGUGGUGCACGUAUCAAUGUUACUCCAGAUAGUGCAGCCAGUCCACAAUCUAAUGAUCGUUCUGUAACUUUAAUUGGUGACGAUGCUGCUGUACAGAGAGCAAAGGCUCUUAUUGAUGAAAUUGUUAAUAAUGGAGAAACUAGUUCUGAUAGGAAUCAUUCUAAAGAGUAUCGUUCCAGUAAUUAUGGAAAUAAUUAUAAUAAUAAUGACAGCCAUCAUGGAAGUAGUUAUGGUGGUAGCCAUUACGGAUCUUCUAAUCAUGGUGGACAAUAUGGUAGUCAUCAUUCAGGUAAGUCAAACCAGAAUCAGGAUAGUAUAACCAUCCAAGUUCCGAAUGAUUCUGUUGGCUUAAUCAUCGGAAAAGGGGGAGAGACCGUUAGAGCACUUCAACAACAAUCAGGCGCAAAAAUUCAGAUCGAGCCUGUUCAUGGAGCUACACCUGUGGAUCGUAAUGUUCAAAUUAUCGUUUUGGAUAAUUUAAAGGCCCCUGCGUGAGAGACCAUCUCGUCACAAUAACGAUCAAGGAAGAAACGAUUACGGAUCGAGCGGAUAUCAACAAAGUGGAUACCAACAGGGUAGUGGGUACCAGCAAAGUGGAUAUCA